GGGGCGGCGCGUGCGGCUCACGAGCGCCUGGCACCGCAUCUGCCAAUCGCCCUCAGCGCCAACGCCGCCAUGAAGCGCGACCCGCAGCGCCCCGAGGAGUGCCCGGGCCGGCCGGAGCCGCCGCCCCCGUCCCCCCUCUCCUCCUCCUCGCCCCCGGGGGAGGCGGAAGGCGCGGAGCUGAAGCUGACGCCGCCAGUGUGGAUCUUCGGGUACGGCUCGCUGGUGUGGAGGCCGGGCUUCGAGUUCACAUCGCGGAAGGUGGGCUUCAUCCGCGGCUACAGCCGCCGCUUCUGGCAGGGAGAUACCUUCCACCGCGGCAGCGAGAGGAUGCCCGGCCGGGUGGUGACGCUGCUGGAGGACUGCGGGGCAUGCACAUGGGGUGUAGCCUAUGAAGUCCGUGGGGAACAAAUUGCUGCAUCGCUACAGUAUCUCAACAUGCGAGAAGCUGUCCUGGGAGGCUAUGUCACCAAGUUGGUGAAGUUCCACCCUCAGGACAAAGAUACAGAAGAACCCAUCCUGGCUCUUGUUUACAUUGCAACACCCCAGAACCCUUCUUACCUCGGCCCAGCAUCUGAAGAAGACAUUGCGGCUCAAAUCAUCGUCUCAAGUGGUUGUGCUGGUCAUAACAUUGAGUACUUGCUGAGACUGGCAGACUUUAUGCGCUACUUUUGUCCUCAAGCAGAGGACAAACAUCUCUUCUCCAUUGAAGAGGCUCUUAUUUCCAUCCUUCCAUGCCUAUACUACACAGAAGAGUCUGUAGAAGAAACUGCAAGUGACCCUCAGAAGUCUAAGAGUUGAAAUAGAAAACCUUUUUUGCAGGGUCCCAGUAGGAGGGAUGUAAGGGAGAAAGCAAUGGGGACAAUCUUAACUGAUAAAAUAGGCUGGACUGAGUGAAUAGAGGGAGAAUUAACAAGUAGUAGGGGAGGGAGGAAGUGGAGUAAAGCAUGCUUGCCAUAGGACUUGCAGUUAGUACCUGUUACGCUCAUUACCUGUAGCACCGCAAUAGCCAUCACUGCUUUCCAGGUGGGAGUAGGGAUCUUUGCUGUAACUCUGCUCUGUAAGACGUGCUUCUGGGGGUAAACCUGAAGCACUCACUUUCUUUAGAGAAGAAAGGGGCUCAUCUAUUCCGUGCACUUUUUUUUUGCCUUCUUUCAAUACUAGUUGAGCGGGACUUGACUGGGUUUAAGCAGUAUAUAUGUAAGUCUACCUCAGAUUGGCAAAAAGCUGUUUGUGUGAUGGUGGGGACUUGGGCAGGUUCUGCCAAAUGACCUUUUUCCCCCCCCCUGCCAUGUCCCACCUCCGGUACCUGACACUAAAUUUCAGGACUUGUGUGCAAUAUUAAGUGAACCGGCCUCUGUAGGCUCCUGUGGAUCCUACUUCCUUAUGUUGUGAAGGAUCACAGUAAUGCACUUAUUUUCUAAAAUAUACUGUAUUUAUUGUGUGUUGUAUUUCCCCUUAGGAGGGGUAUCUAAACUACUUGCAUGCCACAGUGGUACAUAGCCUGCACUCAACCUUGCAUUUGUGCCUUCUAGUUUUAAAGCAGUUUUCUGAGGAGCUAAGCCUGCUUUAAUGACAGAAGCUUCUGUCCAAGCUUCAGUGACCUUGUGCUGCUACAGACUUAACUGAUUCCAUAAGAAAUGGUCCUGCCUGUGCUGCCUGCAGGAAAGCUGUCCGGAUGCAGCAGUGUUUUAACUAGCCCUGUACUGGAUAAACCUCUGUUGCUUCAGAAUAACAUGGGUUUCUGUAGAAGCAUUUGAGGGUUGUAGUUCCAUACUGGGGUGUCAGUCUGGUAUGCUUUUAUUUGACUGCAAAGGACCAUGACUGAGCAUACUUGAAAAGCUGAAAAGCCUGCCUUGAUUGUGUUAAGCAGGGGCACUGCUGCAAGCUCAGACUUUUCAGCUUCACCUAUUAACAGCAUGAAAACACAUAGUAUUUUGUAAGAAAACUGCUGCUACUGCAACUGCAGCAAAAUAGCUCUUGAGAGCUGACCCCUGGGAUAUUUGACUCCUCCCAAAUAUAAUGUGUUUUUUAAUAAGAAAAGGGUAGGGACUGUUUGUAUUACUGUGGCUUGUAUGUAUGUGAAAUGGUACUGUGCUGUGCCCAGUAAUAAAACAAACUGACAAAGUUAGCCUUCUGUA